AUGGCGUCUUCGAGCACCGCUGGAAAUUUUGACACGAGCACCGAUCGAUCUCAAUCCCAGCAUGGCAUUUUAGUUCGUGAGAGUUGUACGGAAGAUACAACCACCGACACCCAACUUGAUCGUCUGACGGGGCCUCUGACUUGGACGGCGGACAAUUUCUCGGAUCCCUCGAGCUACACGGUAGAGCUAGAUGCAGAUGAGCUCGCUGAUAUUUCCAAUGGGCUGGAGACGUUUCUUCAAUCAGGUCUUGACCCAAACGACAUCGAACCCUCCACCUUUCCCCUCUCCAGAGCACAAGAGAAACUCCAUCGCUGCGCCCAGAUCUUGCAUAACGAACAUGGUUUCUGCGUUCUCCGCGGCUUGGAUUCAAAACACUCUGUGGAGCAUGGACUGCUUGUCUUCUUGGGCUUGGCUUCCUACAUCGGGGACAAGAGGGGAGUUCAGAACAAACAAGGGCACAUGUUAUCGCACAUUACCGAUCUGAGACCACAAAAUACACGAGAGAAUUCGCGGCACGGGAUACACACGAACUCCCCUCUACCGUUUCAUACAGACAUGGGAACAGAUGUCCUUGCGUUACAGGUACGUGGGCUCGCAGCGCAAGGGGGGCAUACUUUUGUGACUUCAGCAUGGUCCAUCUACAACGAUCUGCUCUCGGAACCGAACCACCUACAAAUGCUGUUGGAACCAACCUGGCCGAUUCAGAUAUCCAAGAGACAAGCUCGUACUACAUGCCUGGUGCGGUCGCUCUUGAAUCCGGACUGGCCUCCACCCUCGUGCCGCUAUAUUCUCGCCCCUCUUUUCCAACUCUCAAGAGGUCGGUUGAUGGUCAGUGUUGACCCCGCGCGGCUGGGACCUCAAAAGGCGGGGACCGAAGAUGCACCGCCUCUCACUUCCGCUCAGCUCGCUGCGUUAGAAGCCCUUCAACGAUCUGCAGCGAACCAUCAAGUUUGCGUCCAUACAGCUCCUGGUGAUAUUCUCUUUAUCAACAACUGGGCUCUUCUUCAUCGCCGGGACUCGUACUUGGACGGUCCGGGACAAACACGUCAUCUCGUCCGACUCUGGCUGCGCAACUCAGAGCUCGGCUGGCCUAUUCCUGACACAAUGGCUAUCCCUUGGAUGUCGGCGUACGGGAACGACGUGUCAGAUAUCUUUUACCCGGUGGAACCCCUGGACAUAUAUCCUGAACCCAAAUACUCGGUGGGGUCCGCUGCUUUUGUGCUCGACGACACGGAUGAGGAGCAAGAUGAACAAGACAGCACGUCAAGAUGA